UUUCCCGCCCCCCCCCCUCCUUAGGGACAGUCGGUGGAGGCCGGGGGCGGGGUGGGCGACAGGUGCAGACAGAAGAACUGCACCCGGGGACAGAGUCUACUGAAACAGAUGUCAGUGCCCACUGCGCGGGUCAUGUUGCACGGUGCCCUCCGGGACGCAGGGGGCGCUGUGGCCACCUUGAGACAGACAACUCGGCGGCCAUCCCAUCACCCUUGCGAACGGGACCCUACACGCCGUUGCAGCCAUGGCCGCUGCCCUUGGGUUUCGCUGCCUGUACCGAGCGCGACCUGCGCCGCUCUGUCGGCGAAUGGAUCAGCUAUGGACGACCCCGCGUCGGGGACACCGGCUGUCUCCGACGGAUGAUGAGUUGUACCAGCGGACACGCAUCUCUCUGCUGCAAAAAGAGAACCCCUUGCCCGUAUACAUCGAUAGCUACAGUAGCAGAGGUUUCACGAUCAACGGAAGCCGGGUGUUUGGUCCAUGCGCGCUGCUCCCACAGACCGUGGUCCAGUGGAAUGUGGGAUCUCAUCAGGACAUCACCGAGGAGAGCUUCUCCCUCUUCUGGAUGUUGGAGCCCAGGAUAGAGAUUGUUGUAGUGGGCACUGGAAACAAGACUGAGAGGCUGCACUCCCAAGUAUUACAGGCCAUGAGGCAGCGGGGCAUCGCUGUGGAGGUGCAGGACACGCCCAAUGCUUGUGCUACGUUCAACUUCCUGUGUCAUGAAGGUCGAGUGACAGGAGCUGCACUCAUUCCUCCUCCUGGAGAGACUACACUCACCUCUUUGGGUCAGGCUGCAAAGUGAACCGUCAAGAGCUGUUAAGGAGGGCCAGUGGCACGCGGCAGAAUUCAGGGAUUCCCAGGGCCUUCCCUGCCUUUUGGCAUCUUCAACACUUGUCUUGCUUACCCGGGAUAAUUCAUACUCCUGUAUACAAAUAUCUGUUGUGUUGUUGGUUAUGGCUGCUGACAGGCUAGGGGUUGAAAGUAAGCGCUAAUCGUUUUCAUUUGGCCUAUGCAGGAGUCCCUGA